AUGGCGUCUAUGAAUCUGACACUACCCAACGGUGUUAGCUACGAACAACCAGUCGACCUCUUCAUCAACGGUUCUUAUCGCGCUGCCACAGGAGAACCAUUUGACAUUACCGAUCCUUCCACAGCAAAGCUGGUCCUUACCGUCAACGGCGCGUCUAUCGCUGACGUUGAUGAUGCCGUGAAUGCCGCCCGAGCGGCUUUCGACGGCGAGUGGUCUGAGAUCACACCUGUCGAACGAGGUGACUAUCUGCGAAAAUUAGCUGAGCUCAUCGAUCGAGAUCGCGCAUUGAUAGCUGCCAUUGAUGCCUACGACAGUGGAAAGCCAUACAGUGUCGCGCUUGAUGCUGAUCUCGAUGAGUCGUACAAUGUCUUCAAGUACUACGCUGGUUGGGCCGACAAGAUCUAUGGCGACACAAUCGACACUUCUCCUAGUAAGCUAGCAUACACGCUACAGGAACCGCUCGGUGUUUGUGGUCAGAUUAUCCCAUGGAAUUUUCCGUUCAUGAUGUUGGCCUGGAAGGUAGCACCAGCCCUUGCAUGCGGGAAUGUGGUCAUUGUCAAGCCAGCCGAGCAGACGCCACUUUCAGCGCUGUACUUUGGCAAAAUUGUUCAGGAGGCUGGCCUCCCUGACGGCGUGGUCAAUGUCCUCCCAGGUCUGGGAAGCGUGACAGGCAAGGCAUUGGCCGGGCAUCUUGGCGUCGACAAGAUUGCAUUCACCGGCAGCACAAACACAGGUCGUUCGAUUAUGAAAUCCGCAUCGGCCAACUUGAAGAACAUCACGCUUGAGUGCGGCGGUAAGAGCCCUCUCAUUAUCUUCGACGACGCAAAUCUAGAGCAGGCCGUGAAGUGGGCACAUGGCGGUAUUAUGGACAACUCUGGGCAGGUCUGCACGUCGACAUCUCGGAUAUACGUUCAAGAUGGCGUAUAUGAUGAUUUCGCCAAAGCAUUCGUCGACUACACAAAGAAAGUGACCGUUGUUGGCGACCCGUUCAAGCAAGACGUGCAGCAUGGUCCACAAGUUUCCAAGGCACAAUUCGACCGGGUCUUGCACUACAUAGAGGCAGGUCGAAAGGCGGGUGCCAAGAUCCUUAGUGGAGGCUCGAAGAUUGACGGCGAGGGCUACUUCAUCCAGCCUACCGUCUUCACGGAGGCCGAUGAAAACGCCAGCAUAGUCCGCGAGGAGAUCUUUGGUCCCGUCGUCGUGAUAAGCAAGUUCGCUACUGAGAACGAGGCAGUCGCCAAAGCGAACAAUACUUCGUACGGUCUCGCGGCAGCCGUCUUCACCGAGAAGAUCUCGCGAGGUCAUCGAGUAGCACGCAAGCUGCAAGCUGGCAUGGUCUGGAUCAAUUCCAGCGGCGAUUCUCAUUUUGGCAUCCCGUUUGGAGGUUACAAAUCGUCAGGAAUUGGCAGGGAGCUCGGUCGAUAUGCUCUUGACGCCUACACGCAAACGAAGGCCAUUCAUGUCAAUUUGGGCACAGAGCUGUAG